UUUGAGCUGGUUGUGUGACGCUCUGCUUCCUGUUGCUGCACAGUUGAGCAAGUAAAAAGAAGAAGUAUGUUAUGUUUCAGUCACUGCUGCGUCAACAGGUUUAAUUGUGAAAUUGCCUACAGUCUUGAGAAUGAGAAGAAAAUACACAAGAUCACGCUGAUCUGAGGUUUGGAGAGCAUUAUUGCAGAAAUGUUUGUCAGAAUGUAAAGGUUACAGUAUGUACUUUACACUUUUUAUUUCUACCAGACGUGAAGCCAUAAAGUUCUGUACCCAUUGCUUCCAUGUUUCAGCCAAUUUACCUUGAGGGACCAUUACUGCUGGUGGAGUGACAGGCAUGCUCUUUGUUUUGAGAUCUUCUGUUGAUCUUCAAAGGAAAGCAGGAAACUCGUGCAAAAUGUGGGGAAACAGAGAGGGAAGACCUUGCUAAGUUUAAGGUCAGAUAAAUUAAGUCGUAAUUGUUUAUUACUUGUUGAAAGUUUGUCCAUCAUCAACAGUGAACUCAUCUCUAGCAAGCAUGGCAGAUGAAACCAGUCCACUCAUAAUGCCACCCAAUCGCAGAGGAGAUGCAUCAGUUACACCGUUCUUCACUUCAGUCAAUACUGCUGCAGAUGACAUGAGACCUCUCCUCACACGUGUUUAUUCUGAACCACAGCUGAGUAGCAGCAGAUUGCAGACUGAUUCAGGAGAUUUCAAAAGUAGAAGGCCAUUCCAUGUGAAACCACAAAAUAUUGUCAACUCAGAUGAUGAUGCACAGGAAAGAGUGUCUGCUCAAGUGUUGGCUCUAAACAAACGGAUUCAGUACUAUGGCAAAUUGUCAGCUGCUGACCUGUCACUGAUUCCCCCUGAUCAUGUGAUUCCUGCUCCAGAUGAAAUUUACGUUUACAGUCCACUGGGAACUGCAUUCAAAGUUGAACAACCCGCUGAUGGUGUUGGCAAGAACCCCAGCAUAGUCACAAUAUUCACAAUCUGGAAUACCAUGAUGGGUACAUCUAUUUUAAGCAUGCCAUGGGGUAUUAAACAGGCUGGAUUUACCUUUGGAAUCAUCCUAAUUUUUUUGAUGGGACUGUUGACACUUUAUUGCUGCUAUCGAGUUCUGACAUCUCGAAAGACUAUAUCUGAUAUAGAUACGUCAACCUGGGAAUUUCCAGAUGUUUGUAAGUUCUAUUUUGGAUCAUUUGGCCAGUGGUCGAGUCUGUUGUUUUCGAUGAUUUCUUUGGUUGGAGCAAUGAUUGUUUACUGGGUUCUUAUGUCGAACUUUCUCUUCAACACAGGAAUAUUUAUAUAUGAUUUUGUUCACAACAUUAACAUGACUGAUGAUGUUCCUAGCACUAAUGGGAGUGAGAAGGUGAUUUGUCCUUAUCCUGAAAUACCCAAAACUGAUGAUCUGAUUGUGGGUCCAAGUAACAGCAGUGCAGGGCAGACUGCGUUCGCAGAGUGGUGGAGCAAGACAAAGACAGUGCCUUUCUACUUAGUUGUGCUCAUCUUGCCUUUACUGAACUUUAAAUCAGCAUCGUUCUUUGCACGAUUUAAUGUAUUAGGAACUAUCUCUGUUGUGUACUUGGUGAUUUUGGUUACCUUGAAAGCUGCCCGCCUUGGGUUUCACCUUGAGUUUCACUGGUUUGACACAAAGGCAGAUAACUUUUUUGUACCAGAGUUUAGAGUUCUCUUCCCACAGCUGACUGGUGUGCUGACACUUGCCUUCUUUAUUCACAAUUGCAUUAUCACACUCCUUAAGAGCAACAAGAAUCAGGAAAAUAAUGUCAGAGAUCUUUCUAUUGCAUACUUGUUAGUUUGCCUGACAUAUCUGUAUGUUGGAGUUUUAAUAUUUGCAUCAUUUCCAUCUCCACCACUUUCAAAGGACUGCAUUGAGCCUAACUUCCUAGACAAUUUUCCCAGUGGUGAUAUCAUGGCAGUAAUAGCAAGAGUGUUCCUGCUCUUUCAAAUGACAACAGUUUACCCCUUGUUGGGCUACUUAGUGCGAGUGCAGCUAUUAGGACAGCUCUUUGGAAAAACAUACCCAAGUGUUUUUCAUGUUUUAAUACUGAACAUAUUGGUUGUGGGAGCUGGAGUUGCCAUGGCUCAACUUUACCCUAACAUAGGAGGCAUAAUAAGAUAUUCUGGAGCAACAUGUGGCCUUGCCUUUGUUUUCGUCUACCCUUCAUUGAUCCAUAUAAUUGCACUCUAUCGACAAGAGCAGUUGAGAUGGCAUUCUGUUUUACUUCAUGGGUUGCUAAUUGUAGCAGGUCUGGCUAACCUCAUUGCACAGUUUAUCACGUGAUCUACUGAACUACAUUCUUAAAGUAUAUACAUAACAUUGUGUUAAAGACCUUGAAAAUGACUUUUGCCAUAAAGCAACUGAACAGCUUAUGGAAUGAAGGCAUUUAUGUAACUUCAAAAGGGAAUGUAUAGUGCUUAAGAAAAGAAUGAAGAAUAAGCUCAUUGUGAACACCUUGAAAAAAGAUGAGCAUUAUAGCUCAGUAUAAUUUUGAACUUUUGUAUGUAAUACUUUGAUUUGUUAAGUAUAAUUCCAUUGAUUCUAAUGCAAUUGUUUGAAAACUAAAUUUAUUUUUACUGCACCUUAAAAGAAACAGCUGCUACUUACGAGAUGCAGCAACACUGGACACGUAUUAUGGAAACCUUAUUCUGCUAAAGAAUGCUCUGUUUUUGUGUUUACUAAAACUAGCAGUUAAUUUCAAAUGUGUGCUGUUUAAUUGGCCCAUGAACCUGUUACAAGGAACCUUCCAUUAUCACAUUAUGGGUUGACUUUCACUGCAGUUUAAGACUUGUAUUUUUCCUUUUGUGUUACACAGUGUCAUAUUUUCUUAUAGGCAUUUAAUUUUAUGGAUGAACCAUCCCACCACUACUGUCACUAACCUCACUGCCAUUAAUGUUACAUCUAGCCACUGUGGUCUUGCUUAAGCAUUUAAAGAAAAAUCCAUUCUAAAUGGAAAAUGUGUAUUUCUCAGUCAUAUUGUCAUGUUCUGUACAUUUCUGAUGCAUCAAAUCACUGUUUCUUACUACAUUUUCUUAUACCUUGAAAUGAUUAUCAUGGUGACUCCCAUAUGGGUGUGAUUUUAUUUUCCAGUCUCUUUGGCUUCCUCCCAAAAUGGAGUUUUUUGGUCCCUGUAGUAUGCCUUAGCCCGUACAUCAUAAAUUAGUUUUUCAUUCUCUGUUUAGUUGCAGUGAGAGUGCUGUGAGUUGUUGGCUUUGUAGAUAGCCUAUAAAAGCAGAAUCAUACCUUUUUUAACUGAAUGCUUUGAUCUGUGUUCUCUGUAAACUUGUAAAAUAUGGUCUUGUUACACUUCCUUUAGUAUAAAAUAGGCUAAAAUUAGUGUUUUGUUAAGUGUUUGAAGAUAUAUUCCUUUAAAAAUUUCAGAUGCUCUCUGUCCCACACUUCUGUAAUGUGUAAAUGAUCUCUUCCCUUCCCAUGUAUCAGUGGAUGACAGUUGCUGAUUCAAAGAUCUAGUGAAGCAAAUUACUGAUACUUGUAGUCUGUGAUACUGUACCUGGUUUUGUAGGUACAUGGAUACAAGUAACACUCCAGUGGUCAAAAUCAAGAGUGUUUACUGGCUUUAAUGCAACUUUUGGUCUUUAUAUAAAGAUUUUGUCAGCAACUGACUUUUUGGAAAAGAGUUUCACUUUAGCUCUGUAGAGCAUUUUGCUGACCUCAGCAAGACAGAGCCUGAAGUUGUGGGCAACAACCACCUGUGAAAAGUACAGAAUUUCUGCUGUCUAGCCUGUGUCAUGCUGCCUGAGACAAAUUAAUUUAUGAACUGCGAGUUUCAAAUAGAAGAAAAAAUGGACCUUUGUGAUCUGUGGUAGGGAAGCAAAUGGAAAUGAAAAAAUGUAAGAUGCUAAAAAUUGUCAACUGGAGUUUGUCUGUAAAGAAUUAUUGCCUUCCAUAAGUUUGGCUUUUGUCUUUUGUCUUGUGUUUAAAAUCUGAUAUUCAGUCGUAAUUUUUUGUUUGUUGACCUAGUGAAACAAGUGCUGUAGUGCUAAAGAAAGUAAGAAAAUUAUACUAAUGCAUUUUUUGAAGCACUAAAAGAAAUUAAUUGAAGUUGUAUUAAUACAGUGUCAGUAUUCUGAUGAUGUGGAAAGAAAUUAUUAUGGUUCAGAUGUAGUAUUGUAAGAAUAAUGUAAACAAAGUUAAUGCCAGACGAUUUUUACUGUUUUCAUAGGCUGUUACUAGGCUAACCACGACUAGGGCCCUUACAAGCCUAGCCGCACAUCCUAAACCAUUUGGAUCCCUAAGUAUCAUGAGGGUUUGUGGGGGGAGGGGUUAUGUUAG